AUGUGUAUCUAUGGGUGGCUAUGUGUGGUUAUGUGUAGCUAUGUGUGGCUUUGUGUAAGUAUGUGUGGCUUUGUGUAGGUAUGUGUGGCUAUGUGUGUCUAGGAGUGGCUAAUUGCGAAGCUAUAUAGCUAUAAAUGGCUAUGUGUGUCUAUGGGUGGCAAUAUGUAGGUAUGUGUAGCUAUGGGCGGCUAUGUGUACUAAUGUGUGGCGACGGGUGGCUAUGUGUGGCUUUGUGUGGGUGUGUGUAGCUAUGUGUGGCUAUGAGUGGGUAUGUGCAGCUAUGCGUGUGCAUGGCUAGCUAUGUGUGGCUUUGUGUAGUUAUACGUAGCUAUAGGUGGCUUUGUGUAGCUAUGUGUGGCUAUGUGUGGCUAUGUGUAGCUAUUGGUGGCUAUCUGUAGCUAUGUGUAGCUAUUGGUGGCUAUAUGCAGCUAUGCGUGUCUGUGGGUGGCUAUGCGUGGCUUUGUGUAGCUCUAUGUGCUGCUGUGUGCCAACGUGUGGCCAUGGGUGUAGGUGGCUAUGUGUAGCUAUGUGCAGUUAUGGUUAGAGGUAGCUAUUUGCAGCUAUGGGUGGCUAUAGGUGGCUAUGUGUAGCUAUGUGUGGCUAUGUGUAGCUGUGUGUAGCUAUGGGUGGCUAUGGGUGGCUAUACGUGGCUAUGUGUAGCUAUGGGUGGCUAUAGGUGGCUAGUGUAGCUAUGUGUGGCUAUGUGUAGCUAUGGAUGGCUAUAGGUGGCUAUGUGUAGAUAUGUGUGGCUAUGUGUAGCUAUGGGUGGCCAUAGGUGGCUAUGUGUAGCUAUGGGUGGCUAUAGGUGGCUAUGUGUGGCUAUGGGUGACUAUAGGUGGCAACGUGUAGCUAGGUGCAGCUAUGGGUGGCUAAGGUGGCUAUGUGUAGCUAUGUGUAGCUAUGUGUGGUUAUGUGUGGCUAGGUGUAGCUAUGGGUGGCUAUAGGUGGCUAUGUGUAGCUAUGGGUGGCUAUAGGUGGCUAUGUGUAGCUAUGGGUGGCUAUGUAUAG